GGACGAUGUCAAUGACACUGUAACCAUGGGUCACAUAAUAAGUGCCCCUCAUUGGUUUGGCUUGAACGAUGGUGCUUCACACUUGAUGUACUUGAGACAAUAGGCGCAGACAACCCCUCAAUUCCUGUCCAUUUCCCUUCCAUCAUCGACUCCAUUCUUACAUUUUCUCUUUCAAAUCAAACAACUCUAUCAAGACAAAACCUAUUCUACAAAAUCUACCAGACCAAAUCGAAAUCAUGGAUAAGCUCAUCAACGCCGCCAAGGAGUACCUUGAUGAUGACAAGGAUAAGCGCCAAGACCAGUCUCAACAAAGCCACGGACAGCAGCAAGGCUACGGUGGAGGUCAACAACAACAGGGCUAUGGCCAACAACAAGGUUACGGACAGGAGGGCGGCUAUGGACAGCAGCAGGGAGGCCAGUAUGGCCAGCAGCAGCAGUACCCUCCUCCUGGCGGCAUCCAAGCACAAGGUGCUGGUGCAUUCGGAGGCUUCCACGGCGGAGAUGUCGACUUCAACAACGCCAAGGAGGAGGCUCACCAGAAGGCCGGAUCUUCUGGUGACAAGGACCUCUUUGGCAGCAUUCUAGGUGCUCUCGGACAGAAGAAGAACAAGCUUGCCGACGAGGACCUUGAUGAAGAAGAUGCCAUCAAGCAGCACAAGAACACAUACGAUAACGACGAACCACAGCAGGACAGUAAGAGCCUCGGUACGGCCGCUGCUAUGCAAGCCCUCAAGAUGUUCACACAGGGCCAAAGCCAGAGCAGUGCUGGCGGUAACAGUCAGACUGCAUUCCUAGGUCUCGCCUUGGCCGAGGCCAGCAAGCUCUUUGACAACAAGGCUGCGAACGGCAAGGUAGCUGAUGGAACCAGCAAGGAGGGCGUUAUCCAGCAGGCUGGUGAGGUCGCUCUGAAGAUGUACUUCAAGCAACAGGCCGGAGCUGGAGGGCAGGGUGGUGGCGCUGGAGGUCUCAUGGGACUUGCUUCCAAGUUCCUGUCCAAGUAGUCUUGGAGCAUAUUGCAAAAACAGUAUCAUUACAGCGAAGACCUAAAGUAGGCAUUGAACAACGAUGAAAUAAAUAUAAGAUCCCGUUGGAAUCAAACACACAAGUGCUGUCUAUAGGUCCUUUUUCUGUAGCUCAGUUACUCAAAUUCUCCCAUGAGCAAUUAGAAUGACAGAAUAAUCCGGGCCUUAAAGAGGUUUUCGCUCGCUCUUUGUGAACCACAAGUAAGAUCAAGUGAUUUUAUGCCCCCUUUACGAGAUCCACAACGUCCAACCAUUCACUAGGUCUACGUCGGCCAGACUCUGUGGCAUUGUGCAAGUACUCUUCCGCUUCACCUGCCCAUGCAAGGAGAUGCUCCUCGCUACCCCAUUCUCCUGUAGCCAUCAAACCAAUGGGUAGCUUACCCUCGCCCUGAUCUGGGUCAACAUACCCGACAGGCGCCGAGAGUGAAGGAGUACCGGUCAAGUUGGCCAGGAAGACGUAGAGCAUAUUCCGGAUGGUAGUGUUAGUAUCGCUCAUACCGUAGGCUUCGUCGCCAGGAACGAUGGGCCAUCCGAUCAUAGGUGAUGUUGGUGUGAGGAUGAGCAGGCCAGGAUGUUUCUGAAAUAAGAAGGCCAGAUGCUGCAUGAUGAGCUCUCGAAGAGCACUAUACUUGAGAAGGUCUGCAGCAGGUGUCCUGGUCCCGACAGUCAUCAGAACUUUAUUAGCAGGGCCGACAAGAGAAAGCCAAUCUGCGGGAUUGGGGGUUCUUCGACGAGCAGACUCUGCCAUCUCGGUGAUACAGAUUACACUAUGUGCAAGUUGCGCCUCGGGGAUAUACGGAAUUGUGAUAUCGAUGAGUUCGUAGCCGCAUUUUUUGGUGAGAUAAUCGACUGCCCGUUCGCAAACCUUUUGGACGCGAGGAUCGGCUUUGUUCCACCAGUCACGGUAGAUACCAAUGACCUUUUUCUGAUCCUUGGGUGGUGGCACAGAGAGUGCAAAACGGCCUUGAACGUGGCAGUCAGGGUUGGGCUGUGACAUGACACGAUACGCAAUGGUCAGGUCUGCGACGUUUGCU